AUGGCUUCAUCGGAGAUUGUGGAUUCCGAGAGGUUCGCCGGUCAGAAAUCACAUUUCUCUCAGACAUGUAUCUUGUUCAGCCAGUACUUGAAAGAGAAGGGCUCCUUUGGAGAUCUCAGUCUCAGUAUCCACCACAAUUUUGAUUCAGCUGGCUCUACUACUAUGGAUUUGUUGCUGAAGAUUGAGAAAUCUGGUGAAUCAGCGGCUAUGAAUACUCAGAAAUCAAUGAAUCUCCCGGCGAAAUCGGUGGCAGAAGUUCUGCCACUGGAGAGCAAGUCCGGCACCUUCUCUGGCCUUUUCGUAACAACUCUGGCUUUCUGCUCCUGA